AUCUUGGGUACCAGGCGGCGCUCCCAGGCGCUGGCGGCGGAAGAGAUGGAGCAGCGUCACGAACGCCCAGCCCCUUAAACCGCUGUUGGCUGGAGCCGCCUCCCUCCCUGCAGCCCGUGGCGGGGAUGGAGUGAAGGGAGACCCGCAACCUCCCCGCAGGGAUCAGUGAUGGAGUUAAAGCAAUCUUUGUCCACCCACUUGGAAGCUGAGAAGCCUCUGAAGCGCUAUGGAGCGGUGGAGGAGACAGCAUGGAAAGCGGAGGGACUGGGGAGAAGUCAGCUGGACAUCAUCUCCAUGGCAGAGACGACCAUGAUGCCGGAGGAGAUCGAGCUGGAGAUGGCGAAGAUCCACCGUCUCCGGGAAGUCUUGGUCCGCCGGGAGUCUGAACUCAGGUUCAUGAUGGACGACAUCCAGCUCUGCAAGGACAUCAUGGACCUGAAGCAGGAGCUGCAGAACUUGGUCGCCAUCCCAGAAAAAGAGAAAACUAAGAUGCAGAAGCAAAGAGAGGACGAGCUCAUCCAGAAGAUCCACAAACUGGUCCAGAAGAGGGACUUCCUGGUGGACGAUGCCGAGGUCGAGAGGUUAAGGGAGCAAGAAGAAGACAAGGAAAUGGCCGAUUUCCUGCGAAUCAAGUUAAAAUCUCUAGACAAAGUAACCAAAUCUCCAGCCAGCUCCCGGGCAGAGAAGAAAGCAGAGCCCCCACCUAGCAAGCCCAUGGUGGCCAAGACGGGGCUGGCACUCAUCAAGGAUUGCUGCGGGGCCACUCAGUGCAACAUCAUGUAG